AUGGAUCAAGAAUUGUUAGCCGCAAUUGACGAUCCCAAUACGUUCUCGUACGGGUCCCUGUGGCAGGAAUGUCAAGCAUCUCAAGGUAGUGUGUCUCCGGCAGUAUGCCAACUAUUGAAUAUUUUCUACCAAGGAUCAAUUCAAGAUAGUUCAGUCGAUUGGAGUCAGGAACGAUUAGACAAGCUGCGACUUUUGUCACUAGUAGAUGCUGCAGUACGGCACACGGGUUCUAGCAUUUCCUAUGAGGAUCUGUGGAAACAAUUAAAAUUAGACGAUCCACUUCUUCCAAAGGAAAAGGAUGUCAUACUUGAACAAUACUUGAUUCAAGCAAUGAUGAAACGAAUCCUUGUUGGAAAACUUAAUUCUCAGUCUCGCACCCUCCAUGUGUCAUGGGCCAUGGAGCGUAGUUUGAAUGAUACCCGAAUUCAAGAAAUGAAGGAUACUCUCUCAAAGUUUACACAACGUUGCUCAAAAGCCUUCCCGAAAACCGACGCCGAUCCUCCAUUGACCAAGUCUUAUAAACGUACGAGCCGACUGUCCAGUAAUGAUGGCUUCGAUCAGUACGUUUCGGACAAACGCGCACGAGCUGACGAUAGUCCCAUGGAAGGGUAA